AUGGCUGCACGUCGUUUACAAAAUUUGCAAGAAUGGACAAAUCAGAAUUUAUUUUUGGCAUCCUUCGAUUCUGGUUCUUAUUCUUACCAAAAUACCUUACCUACAAAUAAUCGACAACCAGAAAUUCAAGAAGAGGAUGAUGGAGAAUUUGAACUUCAAAAUUUGUCAUCAUCGAAUCCCUUUAAUAAAAAACAAAAUGCAAGUGAUGAUAAAUUGGCAGAUUAUGGAGAAAUUGGACAUUCUAAUGGAACUAAAUCAAUUACAUCAUUACAGGCAGCUUGGAAUGUUACAAACGCAAUUCAAGGCAUGUUUAUUGUUGGGUUGCCCUUUGCUGUUAAAGUUGGAGGAUGGUGUGCAAUUGGUGCAUUGGUUGGUGUUGCUUGGAUAUGUUACAAAACUGGACUAGCACUUAUUGAUUAUCGUGAAGUUGCUGAAGCAGUUCGUCCGGGAAUGGGAAAAUUUGUAUUGUUGGCUCAAUUGAUGUAUUUUAUAUAUUGUUCUGGCAGGCGAUUUACUUCAAGGAUGUUUUCCAAGUAUAGACAAGCUUGGAUGAUGUUAACUACAUUACCUUUACUUGGCACUGCUUUUCUUGAUGAUUUACGAGUUGUUUCAAAUUUGUCACUUGCAAAUGCGGUUUCUCAUUUAGUCAUUAAUGCAAUAAUGUUUUCUUCAUGGCGUUUUUCUUCCCUUGUAUUAAUCCCGGAUUUUCGCUUAUUUCCAACAAUUAUCGGUGUUGUUGUUUUUGGUUAUACUUCACAUAUUUUUCUGCCUUCUUUGGAAGGUUCUAUGCAGGAUCGUUCAGAAUUUAAACAAAUGCUCGGAUUUUCACAUGUCGCGGCAGCAAUAUUUAAAGCUUUAUUUGGUUUAAUUGGCUUUCUAACUUUUGCAGAAUUUACUCAAAAAGAAAUUUCUAAUUCGCUUCCUGAUCAAACAUUUAAAGUUCUUGUAAAUCUUUGUCUUGUUACAAAAGCUUUGCUUUCUUAUCCACUUCCUUACUACGCAAUUGUUCAACUAAUUGGAGAAAACUUUUUUAAUGGGAUUGAUGUUUCUCCUUUUCCUGUAUGCUAUGGAAAUGAUAAAAGAUUGAGAGAAUGGGCUCUCUCUUUGCGUGUUCUUUUAAUACUUUGGACAUUAUGGAUGGCUUUAACUGUUCCUUAUCUUGUUGAGCUAAUGGGACUUAUUGGCAAUUUUACAGGAACUGUUCUAAGUUUUAUUUGGCCAGCAUAUUUUCAUUUGCAGCUUCGAGGAGCUAAACUUACUCCUGCUGAGAGAAGAUUCGACAAAAUGGUAUUUUUUUUUAAUUUCCUUUGCCUGAGGUAA